CCUUAUUGUUUGAUCUUCUUUCUUCCAUCAUGGGGAUUUGCUGGCCUAAACCUGCAAAUUGUGCUCAUGCUUCUUCCACUAAUUUAUCAGGUAGUGCGAAGACUCAUAGUAACACAGAGCUGGAAUCAAACUCUAAGACCCAGAAAUCGCCCAAGGAAACUUGGAACAAACCAUUCAUAUCAUCAAAACCUCAUACAUCUGUUUCCAUCAGUCUCAAGUCUUUCACUUUUAGUGAUCUUAAAAAUGCCACCAAAAACUUCCGGUCCGAAGCACUUCUCGGCGAAGGAGGGUUUGGAUGUGUUUUUAAAGGUUGGAUUGAUGAGAACACGUUUGUUCCGACCAAGCCGGGUACCGGAAUUGUUGUAGCUAUCAAAAAACUCAAGGCAGAAAGUUUUCAGGGGCACAAGGAAUGGCUUGCGGAAGUUAACUAUUUGGGUCAACUUCACCAUGAAAAUCUUGUGAAACUCAUUGGUUACUGUGUGGAGUCUGAGAAUAGACUUUUGGUUUAUGAGUUUAUGCAAAAGGGAAGUUUGGAGAACCACUUAUUUAAAAAAAAUGUUCAACCAAUUUCUUGGGGUACACGGAUGCAUAUUGCCCGGGGCGUUGCACAGGGAUUGACCUUUUUACAUGGUUUAGAUGCUAAUGUAAUCUACCGUGAUUUAAAAGCUUCCAACAUUCUCCUAGACUCGGAUUACAACGCAAAACUUUCGGAUUUCGGGUUAGCAAGAGAUGGUCCAACUGGUGAUAACACCCAUGUUUCGACCAGAGUUGUUGGAACUCAAGGUUAUGCAGCUCCUGAAUAUGUUGCUACAGGUCAUCUGACCCCAAAGAGCGAUGUGUACAGCUUUGGUGUUCUACUAUUAGAACUACUUUCAGGGCGACGGGCAAUGGACGAUGAGAGAGUCGGGUUUUCGGAAGAAACACUAGUAGAAUGGGCCAAACCGUUCCUAAGUGACAAUAGGAAAGUACUACGGAUAAUGGACACGAGGUUGGGAGGUCAGUACUCGAAGAAAGGAGCGCAAGCUGCCGCUGCACCCGCAUUGCAGUGCUUGCAUAUGGAUCCGAAGUACAGGCUCUGCAUGGUUGAUGUUCUAGCCUCGUUGGAACGUCUCGAUGCAACAAAGCAAGCAUCGCCAAGGACGCCCCGACGGUUACAAGCAAAGCAUGAUCACCAUGGGAUUAAGCAUGUGAAUAGCCCUCACAAGGCAAGAAUUUCGACCACUAAUUCACUUUGAAAACUAU